AGUUAGUCAAGGAGGCACUUCAUACAUGGAUAAAACGCUAUUGGUUCUAUCACUGCAAGUAACGUUGUCGGAAAUAUUUGUGUUGUGCCACUUAGUCACGUUUUAGAUAAAGAUGCAUCUUAACCCGAUAGACCGAGAAACUGCAAGAAUACUGGUCCCCUAGCCAGUCUUCUGUGCAGUUGCAUUGAUUCUCGUAGCCGGACUCUCACUACAAUGUCAAGCUGCCAACACAUCGACAACAGCUGCAGCAGCAGCAGCAGCAUCACGGACCUGCUCGGGGCCUUGUGUGAUAGCAGCUUGACUGGGGUGUCAUGGAAACGACGUGCGCUGGGCGGCAUUUCUCGGGAAGGGGUGCGGCGCGCUCUACGCAGGCGGGCCUAUGGCGUUCUGCUGUCCAGGCUCUUCCAAGAGAGCUCACCCAAACCUCCCAGCCCCCUGGCCUCCACUCCUCCCAGGAACAAAAUGCUCAUGAUUUCCUUCGACCUACGGGUGUCUGGAUGCCCGGAGGAUGCAGAGCGACUGGAGGAGCUGCUUGGGAGGUUAAAGGACGGUUCGGCCACUGGCUUGGCUGAGCUGGACUCCGUGCUAGAACUCCUGGUUCAGCUGGCCGGCUCGGUGCCCCCGCCGCCCACUUCCUUCAGCAGGGACUACAUGCGGCGGGAGCGGCCGGUGCUGCGCAGGACUCCUCUGGGGGGCUAUCAGAGCGAGGAGCUCCAGAGGCUGGAGGCCAGGGCCUGGGCACUGGUCUGCGGGGAAGAGUGGAGCAAUCUUGGGGGUCUCUGCAGCUCAGUGGGACUGAUGGACGCCCCGCCAGGCACCGGACUUCUGGCCUUAAGGCAGAGUGCGGAGGUGGAGGAGCGCUUCGAGAGGGACACCAGACUGUCGCUGUUUGGAGCCCUGCAACACUCCCGCACCUCGGACUUGGAUGUCAAGCUGGACCUGCCUCCUGUGCCCAGCAACGCAGAUGUGACUGGCCUGGCUAUCAGGGUUCCUUCAUGUUUGGACCAGUCUGAGGAUGAGGGCUUCCAGUCAGCUUCUAACCUGACGCCAGACUCCCAGUCAGAGCCCAGUACGAGCCCUGAGCUGGACAUGUGGGAGGCCUUGCGCUCCUUUGAGCCUGGGAGGCGCCGCUGCUGGGAGCGUAUAGGCUGUCCUCCUGGUCAGAAGGUGGCUCCAUACCUGACUGAGGGGGGCAGGGUGGCCUUCGACCAGCUCUACCGGCUGUGGGAGGGGGAGAUGCGGCUGGUGAGCUCCACUCUGACCCCCUCCCCUCUGCUGCCGCUGCCUCUGGACUCUCAGACGCAGCUGGUGAAGGACGUCCUCAAUGUGCUGAUCGGAGUGGCCUCCACCACGUUCCCCCUCAAUAAGGACUGUGUGCAGUUUGACGUGCGCCCCAGUGUGUGUCUGUCGGGGGCGUCUCCUGAGAGUGUGUCACGGCUACUGGGGGAGCUGGCGCUCUACGGUACACACUACCUGCGCCUCAGCCGCUUCUCUCUGCAGAGCGCCCAUAAGCGCGGCCUCGUCUUCCAGGCCUUCACGGGAGGUCUGAGGCGAUACCUCCACUAUUACAGAGCCUGUGUCCUGAGCACGCCGCCCACCCUCAGCCUACUCACUAUCAGCUUCCUGUUCCGCAAGCUAGGACGCCAGCUAAGGUACCUGUCAGAGCUGUGCUGUGUGGAUGGAGAGUCCAAUGGGGGCCAGGCCACCUUCCCUGUGGGAGUCAAGUUGCUCUCGUACCUUUACAACGAGGCGCAGAGCAACUGCAGCAAUGAGAACUACCCCGUGCUGCUGUCUCUGCUGAAGACCAGCUGUGAGCCCUACACUCGGUUUGUGUCAGACUGGGUGUACAGUGGUGUGUUCAGAGAUGUGUACGGGGAGUUCAUGAUCCAGGUGAACGAGGACUACCUCAGCCACAGAGACAAGCACUUCUGGACUCAGGGCUACACUCUGAUUUCAAAUAACGUCGAGGACUGCGUCCCAGUCUUCUUGAGGCACAUCGCCAACGACGUGUACGUCUGCGGGAAGACUAUCAAUCUGUUGAAGAUCUGCUGUCCUCAGCACUACAUCUGUUGGUCGGAGCUGCCCGUGCCUCGCAUCUCUGUCACCUUCUCGCUCCAGGAGGUGGAGGAGAUCGAGCGCGACUGCGCCAUCUACCGCGGGCGCAUGGAGCGCAUCGCCAAGCACAGCGCCAUCAGCAGGGAAGAGCAGACUCUACGCACGGAGCAGGCGCGGCAGGAGCUCAUCAAUCAGGUCAGGGAGUCGGCGGCCAAGACGCUGGAAAGCAUCCGAGGUCGGAUGGUGUCGCAGCGUUUGGCAGAGGAGGCCAAGAAGCGGGAGCGCUUUGAGGAGCUGAAGCAGCAGCUGGAGUUGGAACAGGAGUGGCGGAGCACAGCCAUGAGGAAGGCGAAGGAAGACGACUUCGGUUUCGCCCGUGAGCUGAGGGACCGUGAGAAGAGACUGCAGGCCCUGGAGGAGCAGCUGGAACAGAGGGCCAGGAAGGAGUUGAUUGCCCAGUACAGCCGUCUGUCCGAGGAGGCGGCCAGGCGCGAGAGGAAGGCCAUGUGGAGGGUGCAGAGGAUGAGGCUGGACGAGCAGCGGGCCAACUUCCUCCAGCAGGACCAACAGAGCAUCCAGGGCCUCCUAGAGAAAUAUCCUCUCGGGCAACCAGGGCCGAACCUCCAAGCGCUUCCAAGACCGGGGCUAGCAGCUCCGCAAACAUCUCAGGAGUCCCUGGGCGCCGCGCCACAGGCGGAGCAGAUCGGCGCCAGCGGGGUGUCGCUUGGCCAUCCCUCUCCUCUCCACACCUCCAUCUCGGGAUCGGCCACUUCAGCGGCGCUCGCCACUGCCGCAGAUGGCCACAAGACGGACGGCCGAGGCGUCCCUUCGGAAGCGCCGGCGAACAGCCAGCCAGUGGACCGAGCGCUGCAGGACAUCGGCUCGGAUCUCCCAGCAGCCUCUGUUUCCGCUGCUGCUCCUCCUCCUUCUUCUCCCUCGCCGGGCGGCGACUACGACUUCAGCGCGCCCUUCGUCCCGCUGGAGGAUGGCGUCCCCGCCCACGUCCGCCCGCGCUGGGACGCCCACCCGGCCCUCGCCCACAUCCGCCUCAAGGAGGAGGACGACGCCACGUCUGAGGGCGGUCGGGACGAGGAAGGGGGCAGGCGGGCGGACGGUCCGGCGGCCUCCGAGCAGACAGACACCGCUCUGCAGGCAGGACGGCCAGCCCAAGGACUCACCGGGCACGCGGCAGAGACAGAUGGACCUCGGCCCCAGGAGGCGUCCGGUCUGAGCGGUGCAGUGGGGACGGACACGGAGACAGUAGAGCGCAGAGGACGACCGCAGGUGACCGGAGGGUCUCAGCAGGCUGUACGAGCCCCCUCGCUGGUGCCAGAAUCCGCCCCAGAUCCCAGCGCUGUGGCCGGGGACGUUCGAAAAGGUCAGCAGUCUGAGACGCCUUUGUCUCGGCCUGGUGAUGCUACCGCUGAGGUUUCUGCUGGACCCGCUCAUGGACAUCCCUCAGAUGCUCACAUUAAGGUCGGCGAAAACGUUUCAGGUGUGACGGACACUCGCACAUCCCCUAGUCAUCAUGGCCACUCCUCCGACGCCCAUAUAAGGGUCGGCGAAAAUGUUUCAGAGGUCCAAAGUUCUCUCCCUACACCUAGCAUUCAUGGCCACACCUCAGAUGCCCAUAUAAGGGUGGGGGAGAAUGUGUCUGAGGUCAUUGAUGCCCUCCCCACCCCAAGUGUGCAUGGCCACACGUCUGACGCGCACAUUAAAGUCGGGGAAAAUGUCUCUGAGGUUGAAUCUCCACUUCCUACCCCAAACAUUCACGGACACGCUUCCGACGCCCAUAUAAGGGUAGGGGAGAACGUUUCUGAGGUGACCGCCGCCCUCCCCUCCCCGAGCAUUCACGGUCACGCCUCUGAUGGCCACAUCAAGGUCGGCGAGAACGUGUCCGAGGUGGUCGCCCCGCUCCCCUCCCAGAAUGUCCACGGGCACGCCUCGGACGCCAACCUGCAGGUAGGAGGCUUCGUGUCGGAGGUGACCCCGUCGCAACCCCGCUGGAGCAAGCACGGCCACUCCUCGGACUCCACUCUCGGGGUGGGCUGCCUGGUGGCCGGCGCAGAGCAGGCUCUCUCCCCGCUCCCCGGCAGCGCCUACGGCCACUCCUCCGACUCCACACUGGGCAUCGGCUGCGUGGUUGGGGCCAACGAGGUCUUCCAGUCCCCUCAGCCCAGUGCUCACGGUCACUCCUCAGACUCCACCCUCACAGUGGGCUGCGUGGUGUCCGGCGUUCAGCCUCAACUGGCCCCCCUGCCGGGCAGUGCUUACGGUCACUCGUCCGACUCCACCCUGGCCGUGGGCUGCGUGGUGUCGGGCGUUGAGCCUCAGCUGGCCCCUCUACCGGGCAGUGCCCACGGGCACUCGUCCGACUCCACCCUGGCCGUGGGCUGUGUGGUGUCGGGCGUUGAGCCUCAACUGGCCCCUCUACCGGGCAGUGCCCACGGGCACUCGUCCGACUCCGCUCUGGGGAUGGGCUGUGUGGUGAAGGGCCCCAAGCCUGGCAGUGCACUACAGACAGAACCCUCACUCAAGGGCGAUGGAGAUGCCCCUCAGUCGUCAACUGACCUGCUUGCCAACCAAGACUCUGGCUAUGGGCUCAUCGGCCUCCCUGCGUUCCUGGAUGAAGGGCUGACCGCGUGGGCUCAGGGCCUGGGCCUCUCCCCUGGGGAAAGCCCUGAGGACGACUACCUCCUGUCCCUGGCCUCCCAGUACGAGGUGGAGCAGUACGAGGACACCUACAACCUUAUGACGACGGUGCCGGACACGCUGCUGCUGCAGCAGGUGAUGCGCGGCCCCUACGGCUUCCCCAUGGACCCCUCCCUCCACAGGGCCACCGACACCACGGCCGUGCGCCUCAGCGAGAUGGUGUCUCUGCCGGUGCUGAUGAAACACUCCGUGACCACGCCGCUCAUCACUCAUGUGUGCCUGGUCAACAAGGCAGUGGUGGAUUACUUCUUUGUGGAGCUGGGUGUGGAGAGGCACUUCGAGGCCCUGCGGCACUUCCUUUUGAUGGAGGACGGCGAGUUCGCCCAGUCCCUCAGUGACCUGCUCUUCGAGAAGCUGGGUAGUGGACAGACCCCUGGAGAGCUCCUGACUCCUCUGGUGCUCAACUCCAUCCUCAACAAAGCGCUUCAGUACAGCCUGCACGGAGACAGCGCCCUGGCUGCCAACUUCACGUUCGCCCUGCGGUACCUUCCGGAAACCUUCCACCCGCACGCCCCCGACUCCCUCAACUGCCUGGAGCUACGCUACAAGGUUGAUUGGCCCUUAAACAUUAUCAUCACCGACAGCUGCAUGAACAAGUACAACCGCCUCUUCUCCUUCCUGCUGCAGCUCAAGCACAUGGUGUGGACCCUGCGGGACGUCUGGUUCCAGCUGAAGAGAACUGCGCGGGUGAAGGGCGUGGGCGGCUCGGUGCAGUUCCAUCAGCUGCAGCUCUACAGGCACGAGAUGCAGCACUUUGUCAAGGUCAUCCAGGGCUACCUGGCCAACCAGAUCUUGCAGGUGUCCUGGAGCGAGUUCACCACCAAGCUGGGCAGCGUCAGCGACCUGGACGCCAUCCACCGCACCCACGCUGACUACCUCAACAGAGCCAUCUUCAGGGGGCUGUUGACGGAGAAGGCUGCUCCAGUCAUGAACAUCAUCCACAGCAUCUUCAGCCUCAUCCUGAAGUUCCGUGCCCAGCUCAUCUCUCAGCCCUGGGACUGCCAGCAGGGGGAGGCAGUGCACCCCAGCUUCAUUGCCAUGCAGCAGUCCUACAACACCUUCAAAUACUACUCACAUUUCCUCUUCACAGUUGUCUCCAAAUUGGUCAACAAAGGCUACCAGCCUCACCUGGAGGACUUCCUUCUGCGUAUCAACUUCAAUGACUAUUACAAGGACUCCUGAGCAACACAAUCAAGCCUGUUUGUGUCUGGCAUGAGGUGCAUGUCGGCUAGAUUGAAUAUGUACUUAUACGGUGAGCUUCUGUUGUCCAUCUAGAGCCAUAGGAUUCAACCUGUGUAGCUGUCCAUGUCACCUGCCUCUAUGUGCUUAUCUUUGGCCAUCCUAGAGACAAAACAAGCAGGCAUUUAUCUCAGUACCGUGUGUAAUUGGUGCUGUCGUAGGGCUACUGCACUUUGUCAAAAAUACAUAUAUGCUGGCGUCCACACUUGCCUUUGAGGUUUUGUAUAUUGGAAGCAUUGGCAUAUGUGUGCAACGGAUCUGUCUAUCCUCUCAUGCUAAGUGUGCUGUGGUGGGGGCUAGCAUUUGUCAGCUGUAAGCAUUGUGGCCAACAGACGGCCUCUGGUAUACCUUGAGGUUGGAAAGCUGUUAGACAGCGCUGUAUUAAGUUUCGUGUGGUGUGCCGACCUCUAUCCUGGUUUAUAUCCACCAAGUGAAGCUUAUAAAGCACUUCCUUAUCUGUUAUCUCUUCAAGUACAGAUGCCAAAUGACCCCCCCCCCCCCCCCCCCAACCUCAGGUGUGCCUGACCUCUUAAGCUCAGUGUAAAAUGUGCACAUUUUGUGAAUUGUGUAAUAAA